UGUGUCAAACGGAAACAUAUCUAGAGACAAUAUACCAGUAAAUGUAAUUUCAGAAUUAGGAAAGGGGUAAAUGCAUAUUUCGAUGUGCGGCUUCGUAAUGAAAUCUGUUAUCGCCAUGUAUGUGAUGGUAUAAAUUUGUGACAAAUUCAUAUUUGGACAUUGAUAAAGGCGUUCAUACAGGUAACAGUAAGAAGGCAGACGAGAUUGAUGAGAGAUCAUGAAAAUUCUUAUUCUGUUUUUGGUCUUCGGUUUGUUAGAGGCAGCGGUACAUGUACAUCAAGGGAUUCUUAAUUUGUAUCACCAAAAAUACUCAGGGGAUGGUACCUACUACGGAUCUGGGACGGGCGGAACCUGUAGCUACUCUCCACCCAGCAUGCCCCCAGUGGCCAGUCACAUAAACAAGCUCGUGGCCGUCAAUGCUCCUCAAUUCUACGGCUCGCUAUCAUGUGGAAUGUGCUUUAGGGUUCACGGGACUGGACAAGGAUCUGGGAAUGACCCAAUAACUGGAACCUUUACAGCCUUUGCCAAAGACCUUUGUCCAGAGUGUCAUGCCGGGUCUCUGGACUUGGCCGAGAACGGAGAUGGCCGAUGGAAGAUACAAAUUCAAGCUAUUCAAUGCCCGGUAGGAAACAGCAAAAUAGAGUACAAGUUUCAAGGCAGCAACCAAUAUUAUCUAAAACUGCAAAUACGAAAUGGAAGGAUCCCCACAACCUCUGUUCAGAUGUAUCAACCAAAGUCGCAUAGAUGGUCCUCAUUGAAACACACUUCGGAUGGAUUCUGGAUAUUCGGAACUGACCAUAUUGACAAACCUGUGGUCACUCCCUUCCAAGUGCGCCUGACUGCUGCCAACGGAGAAACGUUGCAGGAUCAUAUACCGCGAUUAGCCAAUGACGCCGUGAUACACGGAGAUGGUGUUCAGUACAAACUCGACUCUAAUUUGCCUCAUUAAGCCUAAAACAUAAAGAAUGGUUUUUAUACUUUGUGUGGAAAUAUUUUAUUAUUUCAUUAAGCUUUUGUGUAUUGCUUGAAGUAAAAAUAAAAACUAAAAACACACACACAAA